AUGUCGUUGAACCCUUCAAACGACACAACACAUAUCGGAUGGCAAUCGGAGCCCAGUCUUCGAGGCACAUAUACUAUUAUAUCGAGCUGCGUCUCGACGCUUUUGAUUUGCGUGCUCAGUGCUGUCCACCUCAACAUCCCAGCCAAGGGCCAUGCAGGCUGGGAUCAGACGCUGAGGAAGGCCAAGUGGGUUUGCGCUGGAGUGUUCACGCCAGAGGUGUUGGCCCUUGCCGCGUUCAUACAGUUCGAUGCUGCAAAAACAAUGACGACAAAAGCACAGCAUCUCAUGAAGGACGUGCAUAGCCAGCCCGUAUCAACGGCUCUCGAAGAGCCCGCCGAUAUAGAAGUUGCACUUCUCUCAAGCCCGACAGAGAUCAUUAGUCGACGUCAUCAGUGGACCGCAUUGCAUAGCUUUUUUGCAUCUUCUGGCGGGUUUUGCGUUGAUGUGUCCUCAAGCUCGGAACCACAGUUUCGGGCGCUGACGCUCAAUGGCAUCCUUUUUCUAAUGAAAAACGAACCAGCCUCUAUCCCGGAUCUCUCACGAGAAGACAUUCUAGAGAGGAGCAAGACGAGCAGCCUAGCCAAAAGCAUUGCUCUUGUCCAGAUCCUCUGGUUCUGUGCCCAGUGCGUUGCGCGACUGGCAGCGCGUCUUCCUAUCAGCUUACUAGAGCUAAACACAUUCGUCCACGGACUCUUCGCCCUCGGGACGUACGUGCUUUGGUGGAACAAGCCUUUGGACGUGACCUUGUCAAUAACGCUCACGAUUACGAACACCGAAAUAACUCGCACUCAGUUAUGUGAGGGCCAUCGGACCAGCGUAAGGAUGCCCAUGCCGUUCAUAUUUUCGGAGGAGUAUAUUGACGAGAACGGUGAUGAUGUACCUUGGGGUACCUUAGGUUUCUGGACCGCGUUUUUGACAGUUCUUUAUGGUGCCUUACAUGCUGCUGCUUGGACUUCUAACUUUCCUUCUUCAUGGGAGGCCAUUUGUUGGCGUGCAUCUGCAUCGAUCAUAAUAGGCACUGGUCUAGCUAUUUUUUUGUUGAUUGCCCUCUCGUCCAUGUGUGCCUAUGUAGACGAUGUCCUGGAGUUUUUCGGACUUUACUACGAGAGCCGGAGUGAAGCUACUGCAGUGGAAGAGUAUUUGUCGGCAUAA